GGCGGCUGCGCCGUGGCAGCGAUAGCGCUCUGCUCGAUCGGGGCGGCGGGGCCGGCUGCGCUACCCCGCUGUGCUUGCAGGCAAACUGGAUUUGGUUUGUGCCACGGUGUUUGCAGUAGUGACACACUGGAAGGGACCUGAAGUAAAGGCUUCUCAGGAGAAGAUCUCUACUUGCUUCAUCCCUUCAUUGGAAUAGUAGCUGGUUGAAUCAUUGCAGGAGAUAAAGCAGCCCACAGACAUGGCAGACGAGGACCUUAUUUUUCGUAUGGAAGGGAUUGAUAAUGCUAGAUCGACUACAGUGAACGCUGCAGAUUAUCUUGAUGCUGAUAGUGAUGAUGAAGACAAUUAUUUUAUCUGUCCAAUAACUGAUGAUCCGGUUUCUAACAAGUCUGCCAGUAUCAAAGUUGACAAUUAUUACAGCAGCUUAGCAAAAACUGAUCAGUACAGUUCAAGCUCUUCUCCUAGAAACUCAUUUAGCUUUAAGGAAACCUGGAAACAUGCAAUUGAGAAAGCUAAACACAUGCCUGAUCCAUGGGCAGAAUUUCAUCUUGAGGACAUUGAGACGGAACACGCCACUCGUUACAGGUACAAUGCAGUCACUGGAGACUGGGUUGAAGAUGAAGUCCUCAUCAAGAUGGCAUCACAACCUUUUGGCCGUGGAGCAAUGCGAGAGUGUUUCAGAACGAAAAAGCUGUCCAACUUCUUGCACACACAGAACUGGAAGGGUGCCUAUAACUAUGUUGCCAAGCAAUACAUAGAAACUGUGGGCAGAGAUGUCUAUUUUGAGGAUGUCCGACUUCAGAUGGAAGCAAAACUCUGGGGAGAAGAGUACAACCGGCACAAGCCACCCAAGCAGGUGGAUAUAGUACAGACCUGUAUUAUUGAAAUGAAGGACAGACCUGGAAAGCCUCUGUUCCAUCUGGAGCACUACAUCGAGGGCAAAUACAUCAAAUACAACUCCAAUUCUGGAUUUGUGCGAGAUGACAACAUUCGUCUCACUCCGCAAGCCUUUAGUCACUUUACCUUUGAGCGCUCAGGACACCAACUCAUUAUUGUUGAUAUCCAAGGAGUUGGAGACCUCUACACGGACCCUCAGAUCCAUACAGAGAAUGGUACAGAUUUUGGAGAUGGCAACCUAGGUGUUCGAGGUAUGGCCUUGUUCUUUCAUUCUCAUUUCUGCAACAAGAUUUGCAAAAGCAUGGGGCUUGCACCAUUUGAUCUUUCAUCCAAAGAGAGAGAAGCCUUGGAUUAUAAUAAAAAAUUGCUUGAUUCUGCUCAAACAAUUCUCCGUGGCACAGAGGAAAAAUGUGGCAGCAGCCGGGUGAGAACAGUGUCUGGUAGUCGACCUCCUCUGCUCUUCCGUUUGUCUGAAAACUCUGGAGAUGAAAGCAUGAGUGAUGUAGCAUUUGACUCUUUACCCUGCUCUCCUUCCUCAGCAACCCCUCACAGCCAGAAGAUGGACAUGCUUAAUUGGCCUGUGUUCAAUGAAAUAGAUAAUUUGGUUCACAAAGACUACGAUCAGCUUGAUAACCAAAGGGAUUUUGAAAAUGGUGGAGACAGUGGAUAUCCCAGUGAAAAGAGAAGUGAGCUAGAAGAUGGGGGUCAUAGAGAGAAGGACCAUUCAAACAACAACCGAAGACAUGAAUCUGAUGAAGACAGUUUGGGAAGCUCUGCAAGGAUCAGUGUGGAGAAAUGGAAUCUCUACAACUCUUCCAGAGUCCACAUCCACAGGCCAUCCUGUGUUGCCCAAGAAAUUCAGAGGCUCAACGCUCUAGAGCUUGAAAAGAAAAUUGGAAAGUCAGUCCUUGGGAAGGUUCAUUUGGCCUUGGUUCGCUAUCACGAAGCUGGGCGUUUCUGUGAGAAAGACAAGGAAUGGGAUCAGGAGUCAGCCCUGUUUCACCUGGAGCAUGCUGCAGACUGUGGGGAGCUGGAAGCCAUCGUUGGGUUAGGACUCAUGUACUCUCAGCUGCCACAUCACAUUCUUUCUGAGGUCACUCUGGAGGACAUAAAGGAGAACAGAAAUAAAGGGUUUGACUACUUACUGAGAGCAGCAGAAGCUGGAGACCGAUCUUCCAUGAUUCUGGUAGCAAGAGCAUAUGAUACAGGUGUAAAUCUUGGUUCAGACAGAGUACAGGACUGGAAGGAGGCGCUGCACUGGUACAAUGCUGCACUGAACAUGACUGACUGUGAUGAGGGAGGUGAAUAUGAUGGCACUCAGGAUGAGCCCCGGUAUCUGCUCCUGGCCAGGGAAGCAGAGAUGUUAAUGACAGGAGGAUUCCAGCUGAACAAGGAUCCACAGAGAUCAGGUGAGCUCUACACAGAAGCAGCAGAAGCAGCAAUGGAAGCCAUGAAAGGCAGACUGGCAAAUCAGUACUACCAAAAAGCAGAAGAGGCUUGGGCAAUGAUGGAAGAAUGACACUGCAAUAAGCAGUUCUUGUAUAUAUAUAUUUUUUUAAUAGACUUGUUGCAUUUGCAGCUAAAAAGUUAUAUUUUUAUGUGGUGUUAUCAAGGUCUUUUUGUAUUUCCAUUUUCUAAUAUGUUUUGAGGGGAGAAAUCCAAAUUGCAUCUACCCUGUGCAGGGUACUACAUAGUACUUCUGGUGUUUUAAUGCUGUCAUACAGACACACUUGACCUUUUGUGGGAUUUUUUUAACUGUUGGAACUGAGGGGCAUAGAUUUUUGAUGAAAAGUGAAGCUGAGGUUUGUUUAGGUUUCAUAUG